AUGGCGGGCGAUGGUCCGUCGUCGUCUGUAUGGGCGGCGGUGAAGGCGGCCCUGGCGGAUGGUAUUCUGACCUUCGCCUGGGUCUUCUGCGCCUCCACGCUCCGCGCCUCCACGCACGCCAUUGGCACCUACCUCGGCCUCCUCGCCGUUCCCUUCGCCCCCAUCCUCCUCACCACCACCCUUGUCGCCUUCCUCGUCUUCGUCUUUACCCUCAUCGGCAGCGCUCUAGGCGGCGCUGUUUUCAACCCCACCGCUCUCGCGUCCUUCUACGCUGCCGGCCUCGGCGACAACAGCCUCUUCUCCAUGUCUCUCCGGUUCCCCGCUCAGGUGCGGUCUACUCUCUCCUCCCCCCUCCCUCUCAAGCCCGGCGCUCCGUGCCCAUCCGCUGUCGAUCCUGUUUAGCCUAUACCUCCCCUUAUUCUGCCGCGGAUGUUCAUGUCCUUCAUCCCUCGCUGUUUUACGGAGAAUUGUACACUGUUAAUUUAUCAACCCGUACUGGUUGCUGUCAUUGUGCAAGCCAGGGUUGAUUGAUUAAUCGGUGCAGCUCUCAGAGGCUCCAACCUUUCCCAUUCGUCUCCAAUCUUCGACCUGAUUCCGCUUUUUCUCUAUCAAAGAAUAGUCGAUCCUCUGAGUAGUCUUCUCGACUGAUCACGUGCCGCUGUCUGAUAGACUUCUCCCAUGUUUGUACGUCCUUGCAGGCCCUGGGAGCAGUCGGUGGAGUUCUGGCCAUCAUGGAGUACAUGCCCCCGCAGUAUAAACACAUGCUCGGCGGCCCCACAGUGAGGGUAGACAUGCACACAGGGGCUGUUGCGGAAGGCAUCCUCACAUUCAUCAUCAGUUUUGCAGUCCUUUGCAUUGUGGUCAAGGGCCCCCGCAAUCGAAUUUUCAAGACAUGGAUGCUUGCCAUCGCAACAGUUGCACUGGUGAUCGCUGGUGGAAGCUACACGGGUCCAGCCAUGAAUCCUGCUAAUGUGAGUAUGCUGUAAACACUCGUACCGCGUACAGUCCCAAUACAAAUUUUAGUUUGUCCCACAAAGAUUUACUCUUACGAAAUUUAUUCGAUCUUAUCGCAAAUAUUUUUAGACUAGUUUCAUCGAAUGACGAGGGAAUAUGUUAUCUUCCAUUUAAUCAACUAUAAAUAAUGCAUCUCUGAGAGGCCAAAGUUGGCGUGAGAUUGAACGAUGCUUUUUUGGGAUGCAGUGUUUGAAUGUAUAAUAAUAGUGGAUGAAUCUGAUUCUAUUUUCACCUCUGUAUGAAUCUGCACCAUGAGAAAUGAACGUGGAUGUAAAGGGUAUCUGCCAUACUGUCAGUUUGUUGCACAAAAUAACUCCAUACUGCUUCAUAGAAGGUCGUUGUUCCUGUUCUCUUAGUUUUUCCCGGAACUGGCUGGUUUGGUGGAGAAUCUUAGCUGUUCUUGAGCUAGGCUGGCUCAGUUCUGGUGUACAGUCGGCAAAACUUCAUGCCGCACGCUUUAAAUUCUGGAAAGUUUUUUAAAGACUACCGGUGCUCUUUCUAUACUUUUUUCAUCUAUGAAACUAAUGAAUUAAAAGAAUAGGGAGAUAGUUCUUCCGUUAUUCUUUUGCGAUGUCCUCAGUGUUGCCUCUAUCAGACACUUGAUGCUCCUGUAAGCAGCAUAUAUCUCCUGCUAUUCUGAUUUACUCCCUGUUAUUCCUGUCCCCAUUGAUACGUAAGGGAUACACUGGAUGAUUGUUGAAGAGUAUGCUUGGUGUAGUUUGAUGGUGUGGAAGCAACAUAAUGAAUCCAUGGAGCUUAGUAUUCUAUAGCAAGGUGCUGCAUCACCAAAUGUAACUUUUGAAUCUUCUGUCUGAGAUGCUUAAUUUUCUUCCUGUCAUAGGUGAUACCGAUUCCGGUUGACCACCGUUCAGUGUACGACGCUCCUUGCUCCACGACCAGUUCGUUUAUGUGCACCAAUAUAGGAGAGAGAUGGAGAGGGAGGAAGGGAGAGAGAGAGAGAGAGAGAGAGAGAGAGUCAUAUGAAGCAUGGGAUAUGGGUUAGACUUAUAUGAAGUACUAUCUUCUUUAAUCUUUAAAUCACAUUUUUUCUCGUAAAAAAGCUGUCAGUUGGCAUAGAUCAACUCCUUUUAACUUUCCCUGAGAACAUCUGAGCUCUCUCUUCUUCAGGGGGUCAUAGUUAUUCGGGGUUGACAGUGCAAGGUGGGUGUCUUGUCCAUUCUACCUGUCAUGUGAGUAACCCAUCAAGUAUAUGGUUAAGUUUUCUCUGACUUGGUUUAAGAACGUCAAGCGCAUUGUCUAAUCCUCCUAUGUGCCAAUCGAGUUGGGGGGCUGAUCUUUACCUGUCAGAUAGCAUUGUCCCUGAACUUGGAACCUGUUAUAUAGUAGCGAGUCUACUGCCAACCAAAUAGGACCUGCAUCUUGGACAUCACCAAGUUGGCUGAGAGCAUUUUAGAAUCUGCCCAGACUAUCUAAACUGUUUUGCACGUUUGCAAUGGCAGGACGUAUAUCUUAUUGUCUGUGAGCUGCACAUUUCUGAUUUAUUUUUCUUUCUCCCUGAUUCUGCUCUUGUUUUCUGGGCUUAUUUUUCUUUUAUGAUAUAUGUGAUCAAAUGAAGUCAAAGAUUUUGCACAUCUACCACAAUCUCUGAAAUCAUAAUAUGUUAGAUGAAAUUGUGAUCUCUAUAUAAGUUACAUGUUUGAUGAUCAGAAUUUGCUUGCUUGGUUACACCAGUUGAAAUUUAUUUUCUGUUUUUAUGAUGGUUCACAUUAUUUCCAUUUUUUUAAUACUUUUCGUCCACAUGACUGAAUUCGAUUCUGACCUGUGUUAUGCCGAAAUUGGUGAUUUGGAUUGUUAGGUAUAUCCAGAGUUUCGGAUCAAAAGGGCAAAUCUAUCCAGGACUAUUUAGUCAUUGACUCUAUAGUUGUCAUAGAGGAGGAUUCAUCUAGUCUUUGUCAUUUAAUGUAGUUAUAAAAGCAGAUGUGUGCACAUACAAACACACGUGACUCCUAUUGUCUUGUACAACAAUUCCAGCUGAAUGGGUCGUGGUUACAUACCUGUUCUUCUCAUUGUAUACCUCUAUUUUGUUCAUUCACCGCGAAAUAAUGAUAAAGUGGGUUUCAGUGUCUUUACAUGUCUAAAUCGUCUCAAAUGAGUGUAGGCUAUGUUCCUUGUUUCUAUUCACCAUGACAUUUCUCUGAUAGAAUAUUUUGUUGGAUGGGUUAUCUUUACACUGACUUCUCUGUUCUCAUGCCAAGCCUUGUUAUUUGUUUGGAUUUUUCUUGUAGCUCAUUAUUCGUAAUCAUUAUCUGUAAUAUCUUAACCUGUCAUCUAGAGCUUUCCUUUGAUUUAGUGUGAAUUUGAUUGCGACAGGGUAGGUUUGUCCACUUUGCAUUUAACCAGAGUCUCUGUAAUGCUAUAAACCGUGUUCCUCAUAUUCCUGAAACUCAUACUUAAAUAAUAUUUCUUUUUAUUAUCUUAUUUUAUACGACGCUAAUUUCUAUUUCUUCUCAUCUUAAAAUUGUGUCUGCUGUAUAUUAUGUCUUAAAACACAUUCUAACAUAUAUUGUGUAGAGUCAGGGCUUAUGAGCCACAUGGUGCAUGCAAUUAUAAUGCAUUGAGUCCGCUCGUCUUGAUCAUGCAUGGGCGUCUGAAUGUAGUUAUUCUUGUUACGUCUGUGCCCUACUCGUGAAAUCUUGUGUUUACUAAGUACCUGUUGAGGGCAAGAGUUCAUCAAAUACUCGUGAGAACAACCUAUUAGAAUGAAGUUUCAGAACCUGCAAAAGUCAGACUCUUUCCUGGGUGUUCAUGACUUGAAGAGUGCCAUUCAUGGUAUAUGAAAGAUCUUUGAGAAGAUACUUAUUCCAGUAAACGUGCAUAACUAGAGAGCUACUUUGAUACCAGCUGAUGCCAACAAAUUCGAGUCCAUUCUAGUUUUUCUUAUCAGCUGGACGGAUCAAGAGCUCAUUAAUUGGUGAAGAUUGUAGUCUCCAAGCAGGAUAAACGGAUGUUUCUUAUUAGAUGAAGAUUGUGAUUUAAAAUGGUACUUCUGUCCUCAUUACAGGUUUAGCUAUUUUUGUAUCCUCCUUGCUCAACAUGAAAAGUGUUGAAUAAGUAUUAUGCAUUUUUCGUGUUUGAUGUUAAGAUUCUUGAUGUGCAGUAGGCCGUUUCCAUCUUUUAAACCUACCUUGGAUCUCUGGAUCUUGUGCAAUACGGAUUCCUUUUGACAUUUUGAUUGAGUUAAAUCUCAGAAGAAGUGGAGAAAUACUAAAAAAACCAAGACUUAAUACGUGGAAGAUGUACGAUUCUCAGUUCUGACAAUCAAAAUAUUCUACCUUACAGGAAAUUCUGUCAUGGAUCCCAGUAAAUUGCCUCUAUAUUAGGUUGGGAACGAGAUUUCUGCCAUCAAAAGGGGCACAGAAAAUUGGCUAGAUUAGAAUUCCAGGUGCUUUGCGGGAUGUAGGAAGUGGUGCUCAAUAAACAUUUUGGGUGCCUCUUGGCUGUUCUAAAUAUUUUAUUUUUCCUCCAUUGCUUCUUUUUCGGGGUAUUUUUUCUCAGGCUUUGUGCCCAUCUUUCCUCUGACGUUCUGAUUUCUAUCCCUUGUCUCUGUUUAAGGAAUAGGACUGGAUGGCAUUGGAUUUUAUCACAAAUAAUACAAUCAUGCUAUCACUCUUUCGUUCUUUUUAUCCCUCUUGCUGGGCACGUGCUAAAGACUUUUCUUUGAACCUCAUUCUUCCUCUUUCGAACGGACAUGUUUACUGGUUAUUUAAACUGACCGGACAUAGAUUACUACUGUAAGAUUCAUAAAGUGCAACUCUUGAAGUCAAUUUUAUUAGAAGGCCUCUCCUCUAGCUUGUGGUAAGCUUGCUUUUAGCUAUGCGAGUGAAAUUCGGUUGAUGAUCUGUUAGGAACCUGAAUCUUGACAGAUAAACGCAGUGGAAAUACUGAAGUUUGAGAUGAAAGUGGAAGAUCAAAUAGUAGAAAAGGUAGCUUGGGCUCCCGAGAACCCUAGAGUCAGUGGGGGAGGUUUGAGAGGCCUCCUGCUCUCCUCACUGCAGCUGCCCUAGAAAUAACUCCUCGGUCCUCACUUGAAGGGACUGUUUUGUCCCUUUGAGAGGGGUGCUGGGCCCCUUUUCUAUGCCUACAGUUAGGCCCACUAGGUGCCUAACAUGGUCCUACCCCGGCUAUGGAUAAUGUCUUUUUUAACGCACUGGCUCAUUGUGUUGGUAGAUGUGCAUUUGCCAAACUGUAUUUAACUGCUGAUUGGUGAGAGUAAUAUUUGUGCUUUUCUCGGCAAAUGUAUUGCAACAGUUGUAUAUAAGCGUGAUAAUGAGGAAGAUUAAUCCUGGAUAGUUGUGCUUUCAGUGGAGAUGCCUCCCUGCUUAAUGAUGCUGUUAUCAAGAGGGAAAAUAGUUUUCAUGUAUAAUGGUAUCAUGUAUCAACAUUUUUUAGGUAUGUUUUUGGACAAAGAGAGAGAGAGAGAGAGAGAGAGAGAGAGAGAGAGAGAGGGAAAUGGGCUGUAUCAUCUGUCAUGGCACAAUGGCCUAAUUUUUCGAAUUUGUCUUGCUGAGUUAUUCUAUCUGCCAUGGACUGUGUAUUGGCACUUGAAUGCUUAGUUUUUUUUAAGGUAUAUGCACCCGUAACCAUAACCAAAACCAAAGUAGGUGAGUCUAACACUUGUCAUCUGUUGUCAUUUGAUCCUAGUCUUACUAUUAUGGUGUUCCAUUAAGGAACACCGGUUGUGGUCUAUGAUGCGGGCCUGUUGUAUCUCUUUUGCUUCUAUGGAGGCUCUGAUGUCAUCAAUGGUCCAGUAGAAGACCCAUGAUUUCAAAUAUAAUUAAUGCCUAGAUGGAGCAAUGUAUACGCGCAUGAUCCCUCAUUUCUUCAUGAGGUGGGGUUAUGACUCUCAGCUGGUCACGCUUGUGGCUGGUUUUUGACAAGACAGGCAUUUGGCUGGGCUUACGUGGACAACCGUCACAACACAUGGGAGCAGUUCUAUGUUUACUGGAUUUGUCCAUUCAUUGGCGCAAUCCUGGCUGCCUGGAUCUUCCGAGCUUUCUUCCCUCCACCGGCGAAGGAGAAGAAAGCUUGA